CAACAGUGUAGUUAGCUCUAGUGUGCCCUCACACUCAAGGCUACAACGUGAAAAUGAAGGCGCUGGCCGUCUUCCUGACGUGCGCUAUUUUCGUGGCGUCGGCUGGAUAUCCGGAUCUGUGCGAUUACAGGGUGGAACAACUGCCUGCACUGGCCGAGUGCAUUGAAAAGAAGGCCUCUCUCAGGCUCAAGAUAGCGCUUUUGAAGACAAGAACUGAACUCAACUGCCUGAAUGGCGCCUGCAUGAUCCGAGCGCUGUGCAUCAUGGUAGAUCCGGAGGACAUCCUAUCGAAGUACCUAUCGGUAAGCGAUGCAUGGCAGACUGAUACAUUCAAUGAAAUAUGCACGAUUACUGCUUUAGUUAUUAAGCUGUUCUACUGACAUGUAUCUCUUAGUUACAUUUUGU